AUGAGAGAAAUCGUACAUAUACAAGCCGGACAAUGUGGCAAUCAAAUUGGCGCUAAGUUCUGGGAGGUCAUAUCGGACGAACAUGGCAUUGAUCCAACUGGCACAUACCACGGUGACUCGGACCUUCAAUUGGAACGGAUUAACGUGUACUACAACGAGGCUACAGGCGGUAAAUAUGUGCCUCGAGCCAUUUUGGUUGAUCUUGAACCAGGUACCAUGGAUUCUGUCCGAUCAGGACCGUUCGGACAAAUUUUCCGGCCGGAUAAUUUUGUCUUUGGUCAAUCUGGUGCUGGUAAUAAUUGGGCCAAAGGUCAUUACACUGAAGGCGCAGAAUUAGUAGACUCUGUUCUUGAUGUUGUAAGAAAAGAGGCGGAAGGUUGCGAUUGCUUGCAAGGUUUCCAGCUGACACAUUCUCUUGGUGGUGGCACUGGCGCUGGUCUAGGAACGCUCCUCAUUUCGAAAAUUCGAGAAGAAUAUCCUGACCGUAUUAUGAAUACAUUCAGCGUAGUCCCUUCUCCGAAAGUAUCUGACACGGUAGUCGAACCAUAUAAUGCAACGCUCUCUGUUCAUCAACUUGUAGAAAACACUGAUGAAUCUUAUUGUAUUGAUAACGAGGCACUGUAUGAUAUUUGUUUCCGAACGCUAAAAUUGACCACACCGACCUAUGGUGACUUAAACCAUCUCGUGUCCGCUACGAUGUCUGGCGUUACCACUUGUUUGAGAUUCCCUGGACAAUUGAACGCUGAUUUAAGAAAACUCGCCGUAAACAUGGUUCCAUUCCCCCGUCUGCAUUUCUUUAUUCCUGGAUUUGCUCCUCUGACAUCUCGAGGCAGUCAACAGUACCGAGCGUUGACGGUUCCAGAAUUGACUCAACAAAUGUUUGAUGCGAAGAAUAUGAUGGCUGCCUGCGACCCUCGUCACGGCCGUUACCUAACAGUCGCUGCAGUUUUUAGAGGCCGUAUGUCAAUGAAAGAAGUCGAUGAACAAAUGAUGAAUAUACAGAACAAGAAUUCAUCUUAUUUUGUUGAGUGGAUUCCUAAUAACGUCAAAACUGCGGUGUGCGAUAUUCCUCCGAGGGGUUUGAAAAUGUCUGCUACUUUUAUUGGUAAUUCUACUGCUAUACAAGAGUUGUUUAAGCGUAUCUCUGAGCAGUUCACAGCUAUGUUCAGACGUAAAGCAUUCUUGCACUGGUACACUGGAGAGGGGAUGGAUGAAAUGGAGUUCACGGAAGCUGAGAGCAACAUGAACGACUUGGUGUCGGAGUACCAGCAGUACCAGGAUGCCACUGCUGAGGAGGAAGGGGAGUUCGAUGAAGAAGAGGAAGGUGGUGACGAAGGGGACUAGACAGCGUUUUUAAGAAUUUCUUUAUUAUAUUGUGUAUUUAUAAUUUUAUUUUAUUAAAUUUUGACUAAAAGUAA